AUGCAUAACUACAGAAUAUUAUCUGAUAUAUUAUUUCCUUUGAGAGACAAGGUGGCAGCAGUGGCACCUAAUGUACCAGCACUCUACGAGCUGCAUUUUUCUGUACCAAUGGCUGGGGCAGUCCUUUCUGCGCUUAACCCAAGGCUAGAUGCUGCCACUUUGGCACUACUACUUCAACAAUUAGAGGCCAAAGUAAUUUUUGUGUACUCUGACUUCAUUGAGAUUGUGCUUGAAGCACUUAACGUUCUUCAAGAAAAAGACAAGCCACAUUUUCUGGCCUUAAUCAAUGAAAGUAGCAAUGAAAAAGAACUACCAGUAUCAUUACCACCAACAAAGAUUCUGGAUUACCAUACCCUUCUAGAAAUGGGGCAGUCCAAUUUCAAGAUUGUGUACCCGAAAAAUGAAUUUGAUCCGAUUUCGAUAAGUUUUACUUCUGGAUCAACAGGGAAGCCUAAAGGAGUAGUGUAUGGUCACAGAGCUGCAUAUUUGAAUGCAAUUGCUGAUAUUUUCAGAUAUGAGAUGCAAAACAUGCCUGUUUUUCUCUGGACAGUGGACAUGUUUCGAUGUAAUGGAUGGUGUCUCCCCUGGACAGUAGCUGCUUUGGGUGGCACUAAUAUUUGCCUUUCAAAAAUCAGUGGAAAAGAAAUUUUGGAUUCCAUUUAUCUUCAUAACGUGACACAUUUUUGUGGUGCACCAAUGAUUCUUACAAAAAUUUCAGAUGCCAUAGCCACAAAUCAGCCCUUGUUACCUCACCAGGUGAAUGUAACAGUAGCAGGGGUAUUGCCACCACCAGAAAUUCUGACCAAACUGGAAGAAUUAGGAUUUAAUAUUAACCAUGCAUAUGGUAUGAGUGAAGCACUUGGUCCAAUGAUAUCAAUGUCUAGGAAAUAUCAAGAUGAUUUUUCCAACUCGAAUGAAGAUGUGAACAUGAAAAUUCGCGAAGGAAUUCACAGUAUUAUGAUGGAAGAAGUUGAUGUAAAAGAUCCAGAGAGUAUGAAAAGUGUGCCAGCAGAUGGGAAAACUACAGGGGAAAUCAUGUUUAGAGGCAAUGCUAUGAUGUUAGGGUACUUGAAAGAUACUACAAAAACUGAAGAAGCAUUUGAGGGAGGGUGGUAUAGGACUAAAGAUCUUGGAAUUAAAUACCCAGAUGGGUAUAUAAAACUGAAGGAUCGCGCCGUUGACAUAAUCAAAUCUGGGGGAAAAAUUAUAAGCACUCUUGAAAUUGAAGCUGUUUUGAUUAGGCAUCCUAUGGUUUUGGAGGCUGCAGUUGUAGCAACACCUGAUGAUGUUGUAGGAGAGACCCCUUGUGCUUUUGUGAAGUUGAAAGAAGGGUGUUUUGUUACUGAUGAGGAAAUCAUAAAGUUUUGUGAAGAUUGGCUACAGGAUUACAUGGUUCCAAAGGCAGUAAUUUUUGGUGAUUUACCACUCAAUUCUUCAGGGAAAAUACAGAAGUUUAUACUCAGGGACAAGGCCAAGACAUUGAAAUGGGCACUUUCAUAG